AUGUCAUACGACGCGCAAGUAAAGCGAACACUGGCUUUAUGGAUAAUCAAAAAUCCUGUAGAAGCCGGGCUUGACGUGCGUCCUUCCCUACUCGGGGCUGUGAGGCAUGAGGUUCGCAUACGAUGUAAUUCAGUCGAUUCGGCUGGCAUAGGAGCUAGCUUAAGUGCAUUGCUCCGUAGCGCAUCGAAGUUUAAUGAAGCUAGUUCGGCUUUACUGGCGGCAAGGAGCGAGUCCGUUUAG